AGAAACUUCCGCGGUAGUGGUGCGCCGUUCAAGGAUUUGGAUAUAAUCACAACAAGCCAGUGACAGAGACAUCAAACAAAAUGACAAAUUAGGAGAAGAAACAACAACCAUGAUUAGAACGUUCUAAAUUCAAAAGUGAUGAAGGUACAAUAGUGUGAGUGUAAAGAAAACAAGAUGGCGUCGUUAAUAAGUGUUGUGUUGGUGUUGUGCAGUUGUGUGAGUGUGUAUGGACAUGUGGCCCUAACGUUCCCUCCGGCAAGGAGGUACGACUUGGAUUUUCUAGAUAAUUCUAGAACGAAGCCGCCAUGUGGAAUGCCAAAAGGAUCAUUAAAAACAUCAUUUCUAGCUGGAUCAACGUUCACAGUUCAUUGGCAUUUAGCAUACGCACAUCGAGGAGGCUUCAGUUUGCGAAUUUUAGAUGAUUUGGAAAGACCUCUUCUUGAUUUGACGCCAAGAGCAGGUGGCACUGAAUUUGUUCGAGAUGAUGUGACCGCCCAAAAGUACGAAGUGCGUUUACCCAGUGACUUCACUUGUGAAAACUGCACUUUACAACUGCAACGCGAGGCGGGGGAGUGGGGGAGUAACUAUCGCUUCUGGUCCUGCUCCGAUAUCGAUAUAUUGCCACGCAAAGAAUACCACGAGACAUGUUCCGGCCACGGCUUCUACAUCCUCGGCCGAUGCAAAUGCAACAAGAUGUACUCAGGCCCUCGCUGUCAGUUCAGCGAUGAAUGUUCGGAAGACAACGACUGUGGGCUGAGAGGCAAAUGCAUUGACGUUAACGCGACUGAGUCACCGACGAAGAUGUGUUACUGUCCGUAUGGAUUCUAUGGGAAGGGAUGUAAUAAGAAGGCACCAUGGAAAGACAAGAAGGUGAACCUUGGACUGUACAGCAAGCGCGAGCUGUCGAAGCAGUUCAACUUGUACUGGCGCAUACUGAAGGAGGACGCAGAGAUCGAGGUCAUCAUGAUGGUCAACGGCACUUCUUAUGCAGCUGUGGGUUGGCGUCCCAGUGGUUUGACCAAGCAGUGCAAGAACUUCCCCGUGUUAGGACCGCCUCUUGAUGCUAAAGUAACCACACAAAAAACCGAACCUCUACCGCAACCAGAACCGAAAGCGGAGCCUGAACCGAAGGCUGAACCCGAACCGAAGGCCGAACCAGAACCGAAAGCAGAGCCCGAACCGAAGUCAAAACCAGAACCCAGUCCGGAACCGACUUCCGAACCGGAACCGAAAGCUGAACCAAGCAGUGUACCAGAGCCCACUGCUGAGCCGGAGCCUAAUGCUACUCCUGAACCGAGUGCUGAGCCCGAACCGAGUGCCGAACCGGAGCCGAGCCCCGAACCAGAACCGAGCCCCGAACCCGAACCAACGAAAGUAACAGAGAGUGAUAAUAGGAAUAAGAGGGUUGCUAUGCACUCACUUGAUGGAUAUGAUUUUAAGAAUCUUGGCAAUGUUACUGUGAAGACUAGUGUGUCUUAUAAAGUGUCUAGUUCUAAAGGUCGUAAAAAGCGAGCAGUAGCAAACACCACUGAUUCGGACACUACGAAAUCCAUUGUAUCCCAUAAUCACUCUGUUGUACCCCCUACAGAGCCCACAGCUUCCCCCGAACCCAGUUCCGAACCGGAACCCAGUCCCGAACCCAGUGCGGAACCCAAACCAAAAGUUACUACUAAACCAAAGUUCAAACCAAAGUCUAAACAGUUAGCUGGACCUACGUCAACUCCUGAACCCAGUCCUGAACCUACUACUGGUCCUGAACCUAGUCCCGAACCGACUUCGGAACCGGAACCGACUUCGGAGCCUGAACCGACUUCGGAACCGGAACCUGAACCAGAACCUACUAGCGAACCUGAACCCAGCCCUGAACCGAAUUCUCAUCCUGAACCGACUGAUGUACCAAGUUCUCAUCCCGAACCGACUGCAGAACCUAACACUCAUCCCGAACCAUCUGCAGAACCCAAAUCUCACCCCGAACCAACUGCAGAACCGAGUCCUCAUCCCGAACCAGCCCCUGAACCAAGUGCCCAUCCCGAACCGGCUCCAGAGCCGACUUCCGAACCAGAACCAAAACCAGAACCUUCUCCUGAACCAAGUCCUGAGCCUUCUUCUCAUCCCGAACCGAAUUCUCACCCCGAACCGACUCCCGAACCGAAUUCUCACCCUGAACCGACUCCCGAACCGACUCCUGAACCUGAUUCUCACCCCGAACCCACUCCCGAACCAAAAUCGGUCCCAGAACCGAGUCCCGAACCUACCGCAGCAUUGGAACCCGAGACAUUGCUAGUGAAGGGACUUAAAGAUGAAGCAGGCUACUUCCCCGAGCACGAGUACGUACCUAAGUUUGACUUCAACCCCAUGGAUUGCACCGACAUCGUCAUAGGAACCGCUAAGGGCAACUACCAUAGAGUACUGGAUUACUAUACUAGAGACAGGUCGACUCCCCGAGUGGACACGUUCUGGGGCGGUCACGAUGACAUUACUGCAGCGUCAGGAUACGAAGAGAACGGUGUCACCACCAUCAUGUUUAGAAAGAAGAUUAAAGCCAAGGAGCCCACCGACCACGCGAUAGUAGACGACGCGAUGCACAUCAUCUGGGCACGCGGGCAGGAACCAGGACAUUAUGCACACUCCCCCCCCUCCGGCCUGGAGCGCGGCCCGGCCGCUACUGGGGACUUCUACCGCCCUGACGAGCUUAAAUACCACGGCCAUGGAGGUCAGAGAGGAGUGGCCAGUAUUAAUUUCUUUGAAGAAACAAAAGUAUCGAUCUCAGGCGGCAUCCUCCCGCUCCCGGACAAAUGCGGAGGACAAUGGCGUCUCCCCGCCAACUGCAACCCUGCGAACAACAGCUGUGACUACGUAGCUUCGUGGGAGUACCUCGGCCUCAAGCGGGGGAAGGACUCCGUCAGGUUCACGCUGGCUACCAAACAGAGUAAGCACUGGACCGGCAUUGGCUUCAGCGAUAACAAGAAGAUGUCUCAAUCAGACGCCAUAAUAGGUUGGGUUGACGCCCGUUCAGGCCGGCCCUUCAUAAUGGACACCUGGGUGUCAGGCUACUCCGCACCCAGGGUCGACCAGCGACAGGAUCUGUCCAAGGAGUCCGGCAGCAUGGUAGAUGGCAUCACAACCCUUAGCUUUGUGAGGAAACGGAAUACUGGUGACCAGAAGGAUCUAGCCUUCACAGAUUCGCAAUGUCUAUACAUGAUGUUCAUCACCCACGGCGGAGGUUUCGACCCGGUGAACAAGCGGACCAGCAAACACAUGCAGACGCCUAUUGUUACUGAUGAGAGGGUCUGCAUCAAGCCUUGUGGGCCUGAACCAGUAGAAGAAGAAGUAACAACAGAAGCAAUAAUCCCGGGCCAGUCUUCCUACACGAUGUUCAUCCGUAUAACCGGACUUGGCGACAGUUUCCGUGCCCCCGCACCCGGCAGCCAAGAGUAUGAGGAGCUGAGGCGCCAAGUCGCUGACAACUUGGCGACUCAACUGCAAGGGAACAAGGGAUACCAAGCUAUUGUUGUUAAUGGAUUUAUGCAAAAUGAAACCAAAGCCAUCAUAGCGGACCUUACCCUGAAAUCCAUCGACUUGAACACCAUCGAAGGGUCCAGCACCGUAGAGGACACUAACUCCACAUCUGUUGAGGCGGAGCGCUGGGAGCGAGCGGUCAGGGAUACACUCGCUAAAGGCAGCGUGGGGAACCUCAACGUGGACCCUGAGUUCUUGGUCUUCCAGCCUCAAGGAGUAAUAACAGAUAUCCCAGAAGAAGACAGCACCGGGAACGCUCGAGCGUUCUUCGGUCUCGCGGAGACUAAACUAUACGUAGUGGUGGGGUGUGUGGCCGCCCUUAUACUGGUCGCGGUCCUGCAGGCCGCUUGCACACUAUACCGCAGUAGGAAUACUGCGCAACAGACUAAGGACCAACUGAUCCCCAACUCAGCAUGGAAAGACUACACAACAGCGAACACAAACUACGCCUUCGAGCCAUUCGAAGACGACGGCAAAUACAACAGCACCACAUCCACAGCACCUUUAAGAAACCGACAGACCCCUGUACGACCCACAGACCCCCCUCCGCCAAGACCCGGCAGUGCCAACAAGACCCCUUCGAACGGAAAAGCUAAAUCUAACGGAAUGAACGGCCAACAUGGGUUGAAUGGGCCUCAUUUGGUCAACGGACAUCAUGGGGUCAUUGGACAACAUGGGGUGAAUGGUCAACACAUGCCCCACAGUCAGCAUGGGGUGAAUGGUCAUGGGACCAAUGGACGGAUGACCCCUAAGCAUCAGAAUAGUGCUGCGCAGUAUUAUCAUGAGACGAGGUCGCUGCAAAGGCCUAGGGGCGGUGGAGGUGGACAGCACGGCUACAACGGUCGUCCGGAUCGUGCGACAUACUCGCUCCCGCGCGGCGUCCGUCCCGAGGCGGGUCUCUCAGCACACCCCGACUUCUACUUCAUGCCGUCGCAGCGCAAAUACGAAGAUUUUUGACGGAGACCACGAUGAAUUUCUGACUAUUACUAGUUACCAACAAUAUUCUGUAACUUUAAAAAGCACCGAUUUGUUUUUAAGAUAUUUUUUUAUUAAUUUUUCACGAAAUAUAAUUAUUUUAUAUUUUUUAUUUCCAAACCAGAUCUAGUCUCAUGUCACAGUUUUAAAAAAUAAGUUAUUUUCACUUGUAAUUGUACUUAAUUAUUUUAUUUUCUUCUUUUACAAAAAAAUGAUGUAAAUAUUAUGUAAAAAUACUUCGCUGUAAAUUUGCACUGUAGCUUUAAGAAUUGACAAAUAAGUUCUUUUAAUUGAGAUUAGUAUAUGUAUAUUAUUAUAUAUUUUAAUGUUAUACAUUUUAAUUAAGUGUUAGUAAAUAUGAGACAAAUUCACAGCGCCAUCUACGUUGCGAUAGCUGAAUUAAUUUAAGUUUUAUAUUAUUUUUAGAUUGAAAAAAAGUAAUAUAACAACAAACGGGGAAUUUUUCAAUAGUUAGUUGUAAGUUACUUAAAUAGUAAAAUAACUUUAACAAGAGAUAAGAAUUUAAAAUAUAAUUUAAAUAUUCUGAGCCCGAUAACUUAAAAAUAAACGAACCUGAGUAUUACAACGUAUGUAGUAUAAGUUGUACCGUACCUAAGAUUGUAAAAGAAAUAAAAUAUUUUUGUAAUUUA